UCGGACUGGUUUUCAGAGCAGCCGUCUCUUUGAGCGAUGUGUUUAUUAAAUGUCAGAUUAACGUGCUGACAUGAAAUAACGUUUAGCCGAAUAUGUUGCAAAAGUCAUUUAAGUCAGACUCCGUUAAUGGCGUUUGCCGGUAAGAACGAAGCGGAUAUAAGCGUUUUCCUCCGACCAGUACGUAGUGCUCUUGUCUCCCAGCAUGGCGGCCUAGGCCGUAGAGACACCACCAGACAUCCUGAACGGUGUCUCUGUGCCACAGCCUGUGGUUUGACUGUGGCAUUUAUUAUUAUUUUCAGUAUGUUUUCCCGUGUUUACACGGUGUUAGCAAUUAUCAACAACACAAACUUUGGCCUAUCAAGACAGCGACAACUGCAGCUAUGGGCAAGUCCCAGUCACACUUGGCCAAGCACAGAGACGAGAGUCAAGAUGUGCUGACGGCUGCUGGAGAGUACAGAAACAGUCAGACAGAAGAGGAUGGAAAGAAUGGCGAUGUUUCUCAGUUCCCUUAUGUGGAAUUCACUGGACGUGACAGUGUGACGUGCCCCACAUGUCAGGGCACCGGCAGAAUCCCACGAGGUCAAGAGAAUCAGCUCGUGGCCCUGAUCCCAUACAGCGACCAAAGGCUCAGGCCAAGCAGGACAAAGCUGUAUGUCACCAUAUCUGUUGUCCUUUGCCUGCUGCUGUGUGGCCUGGCCGUUUUCUUCCUAUUCCCUCGCUCCAUUGAUCUCUCCUAUGUGGGAGUGAAGUCGGCCUAUGUCUCCUAUGACCAGGAAAAACGAAUUGUCUAUCUAAACAUUACAAGCACUCUGAACAUCACCAAUAACAACUACUACACCAUAUCUGUGACCAACAUCACAGCGCAAGUGCAGUACUCUAAGACGGUGAUAGGCAAGGCCAAGUUUAACAACAGCACAGUGAUCCUUAUGCUGGAUGAACAGCAGAUUGACUACACAGUUCCCACCAUCAUUGCAGAUGAGAUAAAUUAUAUGUUCGACUACUGCACCUUGCCAACAAUAAAAGUUCACAACAUAGUGGUCAUAGUGCAGGUGACGGUGACAACAACAUACUUUGGCCAUGCGGAGCAGGUCUCCCAGGAAAUGUACCAGUAUGUGGACUGUGGAGGAAACACCACCACCAUGCACGGGCAUGUGCAGGUCUACCAAUAAGGCGAGCAAGUGAGCCUGGGCAUUGGAUCCAGCUGUAACCGAGGUUCUCACAGAGGUUGACUGGGCUGAUGUGCACAUAGGAAAUCUUUGACGUUGGAAUAAUGGACAGGGAUAUCUCAUUUCUUAAGUCAAUCACACUGGCUCAUCCAUUCCUAAAUACCCAACCACUUUCUUCCUUUUACAUUACAAAUGUUAUAUUUAGGAUGAAUAUUUUGCUAUAAAACCUCUGCUUAUGGUGGGUUACUUGUCAAACAGGCUGAUAAAAGCAGACAAACUUACCUGCUACAGUCAGAAUUUUGCAGGAUUUGCCUCAAGGAUUGUGGUCAUUGUUGACCCUGGUGCCAACAAAAUAGAUAGAUACAACUUAAUUCACAUUCUGAAAGCCAUUCUCAUCAUGUGUAUACUCUUCAGCAAUUAAAUUAAUGAAAGCAAUAGUUUCAGAUACAGUGCACUUUAGUCUGAUCCUUAAAUUAAUAAGUAUGCUGUACGAGUACAGUGGGAAUGGUGCAACUGCUACUGCCCCUACUAUCCUACACCGCUUUUAAAUACGUUUAAUAAAAACACAUUAACUAGGCUGUGACAGGUGCAUGAUUUUUUGACAGUAAAAACCACUGAGCAGUUUCUAACCACUUCUCAUCCCCACCCUUUUCAUUUCUUUGUAAUUGGUUUCUUGAAAUAUAAUUCUUGAUAUUGAGAGGUAGUGUAAAAUGGAUGCUGUCUUAUGUCAUUUUUUUGGAGAGGUUUUGUUUGCUUGUUUUUUUGCUCCAAGUUCUUUAUUUUCUGAGAAAAGGUUCUAUACAACUUGGGUGACUUAAAAGUAAGUAUGAAGACAAUUACAUCAACAUUUUAUAAAAAAAACAAAUUGAAUCAAUUUUUGGCAUAACAAACAAAUACUGUGAAAAACAGUGUUUAAGUUUAAAAUAUGUACUUUCUUUCUGAUUUGUUUCAUCACACCUGUCAAGAAUGAGGACUUGUUUGUAACUUUUUUUCCUUAUAAUGUUGUCCUAUUUUUGUGAGCUCUGAUGUCAUUGCUAUUUUAAUCCACUCUGCAUCUUGAACUUGUAUUAUAAGUUGUCUUGAAAGUAUGAUGUCCUUUUGUCACUUUUACUGCAUAGUGUCAUUUUGGAUUGGCAACUGACCAGAUGUGUCUUCUUGAAUGCUUGAACACAACAUGGGCUGUAUAAGG